CGCGAAAUAUUAACCCAUCUCUAAUCUUACGACCAAACUGAAAACAUAAACAACAAAAUUUAAAACGCUUUGUAAACUGCAAUGACUACACUAAUUGAACAGUUGAUUGGAAAGAUGGGCUUGCGGGAAGAGCCGAAUGUCUUGGAGAAAACCACGGAGUUGGUGCGCCUACUGGAACUGCGUUCGACAAAUGUGCCCCUGCAAAUAAACGAGUAUGGGAAAAUCGUCCUGUGCGCUGAUCUAGCAUCCUGCCUGCUGGGCAUUGGCUUUGACAAGGAGCAGGCGUUGAAGCUGUCCGGCCUGCGGAAGAGCCAUUACCUUAACAACAAGCGCAUGUUUGAGAAGCUACUGGAUCUAAAUAAAUUGGUCAGCGUAAAUGACAUUUGUGUGCAGCUAAGCCUCAACGAGGUGUCUCGCAAAGCCGAGGAGUUGAUGAAUCUCUUCAGGGGCUUAGUUUCUUCUGAAGAUACCGACAUUGACACUGCUCAUCCACAAUACGCGGCAAUGGCCGUUUUCCUUGCCUGCCGCCUGCUAAAGAAGAAGGUAUCAAAGCCAAAACUAAUGCCCUUCAGCAACCUGCGCCCAACCCAAUGGCAACAGCUGGAACAGCAGUGGGAGCGCAUGAUAGCCAAGCAUUACAAGGAGACCAAAGUGGUCUCCCCACCUGAUUUGGAUGGAAAGCUUAAGGCAAGCCAGAAGGAGAAUCUCACGAGCGAGUCGAAGAAGUCCCAGAAGCCUGAGAUCGAAGAUUAUGAGAAAUGGAAAUCGAGAAUGCUGGCAAUGGCUCAGGCAAAGCUGAGAGAAUUGGAGGCACCAAAUGAACAACCAGUAGAGGUAUAAACAGUUUCCUUGCUGGUUCGCCUCCCGAGUGAACUUUUUAUAUCCAUGUGAAAGCCAGUUGUACUACUUGUUAGUAAAGUAAUUUAUUUUAUAAACUUUUCACUUUAGUU